AUAUCAAUACAAACUAAAGUAGUGACGUUUUCAGGCUUUCAGUCGAGCACACAGGAUUGGACAGUCAAACAAGGUGAUGAUCUACCGGUUUGUGACCCGAGGAUCUGUGGAGGAGAGAAUUACCCAAGUUGCAAAGAAAAAGAUGAUGCUUACUCAUCUGGUUGUACGACCAGGAAUAGGUAACCGGACGAAUGCAAUGUCUAAACAAGAGUUAGAUGACAUUCUGAGGUUUGGCACAGAAGAGCUUUUUAAGGAUGAAGAAGGAAAAGAGGAUGAAAUCCACUAUGAUGAUAAAACUAUUGAAGAACUAUUGGACAGAACCAAAGAAGGCAUUGAACAGAAAGAACUGUGGUCUAAUGAAUAUCUGGGGUCGUUUAAAGUGGCUGCUUAUGUUACGAAAGAAGCUGAUGAGGAAGAACCAGAGACUGAGAUCCUGAAGCAAGAAGUAGAAUCUGCAGACCCAGCCUACUGGGAGAAACUUCUUCGACAUCAUUACGAACAACAGCAGGAAGACUUGGCCCGCACUCUCGGGAAAGGAAAGAGAGUGAGGAAACAGGUGAAUUAUAUUGAUACUGUUGGCCCGCAGGAUGACUUCACGUGUCAAGACAAUAUGUCUGACUACAACUCGGAUUUCUCUGUUCCAUCAGACGAUAAUGAAGAUGAUGACGAUUUUGAAGAAAAGAAUGAAGAGAAAAGUACUAGAGGAAGAAAAAGUAGAGGUGGACAGAAUGACAAGGAUAAACCAUUGCCCCCACUUCUCGCCAGAGUUGGUGGCAAUAUUGAAGUUUUGGGAUUCAAUGCCAGACAGCGUAAAGCCUUCCUGAAUGCCAUCAUGAGAUACGGCAUGCCGCCUCAGGAUGCCUUUAACUCCCAAUGGCUAGUAAGGGAUCUGCGUGGAAAGUCAGAAAAGCAUUUCCGAGCUUACGUGUCACUGUUUAUGAGACAUCUGUGUGAACCUGGAGCAGACAACUCUGAGACCUUUGCUGAUGGCAUUCCGCGAGAGGGCUUGUCUCGACAGCACGUACUUACCCGCAUUGGCGUAAUGUCGCUAAUCAGAAAGAAGGUUCAGGAGUUUGAACAUAUCAAUGGAUUGUGUAGCAUGCCUGCAGAAGAUUUAGCCUCUAGAAUAGCACAAGAGGGCUCUCAAGGGCCUGCACCACCUGCUAAUACCACUUCCUCAGCCAGCAGGACUGCAUCUCCUUCUCUGACUCCUGGAGAUAGCAAGGCAUCUACUCCAGCAGCAACGCCAGUUUCUACUACUACUGAUGAGAACGGAAAGGAAACAAAAGAAGGCAACACUGAAAGGGCUGUAACAGCUGAAGAAAGUAAAGAAGAAACUACAAUGAAAGAGUCGAAGGAAACCGAGGAAAAAAAUCCUGAAGAUGAUGAUAAGGGUUCUGAAGAAACCAAAACCAAGGGAGAACAGGCAAUGGAAGUUGAAGAAUCAGAAACUGAAAAGAAGCAGGAGGAGGGAAAAGAUUCAGAAACAAAACAAGAUGAUGAGAAAAUGGAAGAAGUUAACACUGAAACAGAAGCAAAAAAAGAUUCUGCUGAGAAGAAAGAUGAAAAAGAAGAAGAGAAGCCAAAAAAGAAAGAGGCUGAAGAAGGGGAGACCAAAGAAGACCCACAAACUCAGCAGUCACAACAAGCUUCACCAGAACAUAAGUCAAAUCAGAAUGCACCAAAGAGAAAAUUCUUGUUUAACAUUGCAGAUGGAGGAUUUACAGAGCUUCACACUUUGUGGCAGAAUGAAGAGAGAGCUGCUGUUCCUGGGAGAGAGUACGAGAUCUGGCAUCGUCGGCAUGACUACUGGUUGUUGACAGGGAUUGUGAAGCAUGGUUAUGGACGCUGGCAGGAUAUCCAGAAUGAUCCUGUUUUUGCCAUCAUCAACGAACCAUUCAAAAUGGAUGUUGGCAAAGGUAACUUCCUCGAAAUCAAGAAUAAAUUCCUGGCUCGAAGAUUUAAGCUUUUAGAACAAGCUCUGGUCAUUGAAGAACAGCUACGUCGAGCUGCCUACUUAAACCUAACCCAGGACAGUGGCCAUCCUGCCAUGGCCUUAAAUGCUCGGUUUGCAGAGUUGGAAUGCCUAGCAGAAUCUCACCAGCAUUUGUCCAAAGAGUCAUUAGCUGGAAAUAAGCCAGCCAAUGCUGUCCUUCACAAAGUGCUCAACCAGUUAGAGGAACUUCUCAGCGACAUGAAGUCUGACGUUAGCCGUCUCCCUGCUACUCUCGCUCGGAUCCCACCAGUGGCACAGAGGCUUCAGAUGUCAGAGCGGGGAAUCCUAUCUCGUCUGACAGGCCAGCCGCAGCCCGGUGUCUCGCUGCCCACCACUACACCUCCUACCCAACUCCCCGCCUUUGCAUCACAGACCGGCCCCCAGACAGGUUUCCCUGCUGGGGCACCACCUCCACCAUUUUCAGGAACCACUUUCUCUGCGUACAGAGGUCAGUUUCCUAUACCACAGCAUUUGAUGUCCCACUCGGCAUUUCAAGCAGGAGCUAUAAAUCCACAGCUGCCGGUGGGCGGAUCACUCCCCGGUCAACAUCACCCUACCCUUGGGAUGGACUUGACCGCUGUUCAGGCCCCGACAUCUAAAGGUACAGUAGGACUAACUGAAGAUCUGUCAUCGAAGUCAGGAACAGGAAGUGGAAUCCACUCUGAAGUGCCAGGGUCAGACAGCAAAUAAUACACUUGUUAAACUAGUAACGUCUUUCUUUCAAGGAGUGAAUUAUCUUGCUAAUUAACUAAAAUGAAACUAUGAAUGGUAAAUCUUGUCUUAAAUGUAAAUGUACUUGGAAUCUAUUCAUAGCUUUGUUGUUGCCACUACUAUUCUUAAAUUUACACAUAAAAUUGAAAGGAUAUAAUUAUUAUUCAAAAAUUGGAAUUUCAUAAAAUAAUUUCACCUUGUUAAUUGCAUAAAAUCUAAGAACAUUAAUGAUUUAAUCAAUAUUAAUUGAUCUUGAAAUAUCCCGCAAGUCUUUACUGGCCCUUCAUUACUUUGAACUUACUUGAGUGUUGAUUUCUUUUAUGGCUUGAUUACUCACUCCUGUCUAGAUAUAUGCUUAGUCAGAAAACGUCAAGAUUGGGUUCUUUAAAACAGAAAAGAAAGACUUGUAAAGCUAUUGUGAUAAAGUAAGUGUUUUCGUCAUUGAUAUGUAUUGUUUAUUGAAGGGUAGAUGUUGACACCCUUAUUUUGGCAGUGAGUAUUAUGAACAUUUUGUUUGGUGUUAUUCUGGAGUUUUAUAAGCCUCGUGUAAAUAGAAUGUAUUUUCAGAUUUGGGACAAGGCACCUUGAAAGUUUGACGGAGAAUCAUUGAACUGAUAUUUUUGGAAUAAUAAUGAAACCUGGCAUUGAAAAAAAAGAUUAAAUGCCAGAAUAAUGAAACCAGGCACAUUUAUUUAACAUUUUUAUAAAGGAAAAGUUGUUUCUCGAGUGAUCGUGUUGAAAGUGUACGUCUUUCUAUCUUGAAAAUAUAUCAACAUUUUAUUUCAUUACUCGUUAAAGAAUAAGCUUAGCGCUUUUUGUGGAAAGUGAUUGCUAAAAUUAUUAUUUUUUUUUGUGUUCAAAUCGUAGAUUACAUGAAAAUCAACAAAGAUUCCAGUAAAACCAAUUUUGAAAGCUACUAUAACGUUUGUUCUUUUGUGAUAUUUUAAUGUUAUAUCGUGAUUUUGUUUUCAUUUCCUUCUAUCAGCAUUCCAGCUGUACAUUUAAGAUAAACUUGUCAUUUUAAACCAUCCUGUCACCUACAUUACUUGAGACGACUGCGUAAUGGAUGAAUAAGCUUGUAUGACGUCAUUAAUCUUCUGCAUAUAACGUAUUUGUGAAACCAUGGUGAAAAAUAUAACUUUCUCACAUUAUUAAAACAAUCAGGUUUCAGUUUUACCACUGUUGUUUUUGUGUGUGUGUGUGAAUCAACAAUGUCAAAACAGUGUUAUUUUAUCUUUAAGUAAUUCUGCAGAUUAAGCAACGGUAUCAAACAAUGGUAUGUUUAGUUUUACAUCUGACAAAUUAUGCAUGUUAGUCAACAACGUCAGAACAACGGGAUUUGGAUUUAUACCACUGACUAAUUCUGUAUGUUAAACAACAAUGUAGAAACUACGGGAUUUGGGUUUAUACCACUGAAUAAUUCUAUUUUGAAUUAACACCGAAAAACAAUUUUCUUUCUCCGGUAAUUACUUGUAUCUUGUUUUCAAUCUGGAGGUCAUCAGUAAAAAUAUUGCUAA